AUGAUGCCUAUCGGUCCUUCAGCUUCAACAUCCAAGGUUCCAUCCACGUCCUCUGCAAUAUUGUGGGCCACGCCCUCGAAGGAAUGGACAAUCCCAGCGAAACCGAAACCGGGGCGGAAGCCAAAGAAAGAAUCUCUCAGCAAUGUCCCAGUCAUCAGAGAGGAGGGCGACGAUUCCUCGGGUAGGCGUGUACAGAAUAGAGCUGCACAGCGUGCUUUCCGUGAGCGUAAGCAGUCACAACUUGCCGAACUCCAGGCUCGUCUACACUCCUAUGAACAAGGAGAAAUAGAACGCAAUGUUGCAUUACAAAACGUAGCGAAGAAAAUGAAGGAGGAAAAUGAGCAGCUACGCAAGGAGAAUCUUAUCCUCGAGGAGAAGAUUGCAAGGCUGGAGCAACAGCUGGAGGAGAAAGUCGAGCUGGAUAAAAAACGACCUAGGGGUGAUUCUGCUGCAGGGCCUUAUGACGAUUCCUCGAAUGAAUCCCAGAGGAAAAGGGCUAAAGCGGGGGACAACCCACAAACUCUACCUUUCGCUACAUCCUCAUCCGCUGCGGUACCGUCGUCGCUUGAAUCCACCCUCCAAGGCACCGAUUUUUCUUCUGCCCGCGAGGCGCUUUCACCGCACUUCCCAACGCCUGCUCCUCCAGCUGAUGAUGGGCUUACUUAUGCAGCAACUACUGUAUCAAGCACCGUCGACUCCUUCCCGUGCAUCCUAUGUAGCCCGGACGCCCCUUGCCUUUGUCAAGAGAUCGCUUUUCAACAGGCCACAAACGGAGCUCCCGUUAGCACCUCUGCCCUGGAAUCGUCCCCCGAUAAACUCAACCCGCCGUCAAUUCUCUCUUCCUUGAGCCAACCCGUACCUCUAGAUGCUGCUGCUCAUCUAAGCAUACUUGACAACCUACCCCCUUACCAAGCGCCCGUGCCACUUCGACGGAAGUCAGGCGGAUCCAACACUAACCCGGUUUUCCCGGUCAUCCCGCUGCCAUCGUGUUCUGGUGACCCCGAUAAUUGUAUGGCAUGUGCAGACGAUACCUUCGGAAAAGCGUUCUGUGAAGCCAUCAGCCACUCCAUUGCGUCAUCCGCACCAUGCAUUGAUUGUCCCCGGCGAACUAAUCAUUCCGAUAAAAUCUUGGUGGGCGAAUGUUGUGGGGAUGUCAGUAAAUGCGGUUCUUGCGGAAUCGCACCCAUCAUUUCCUCGGCCAACUCUUCGCGCCAUCCCGAGAUCAUACCAACGGAUGAUGCAUGGCGUCAACUUAAAUCACAUCCUAACGUCGCUUUCGCGGAUUUGACGCUCUUGGCCGAAGUGGUAGCACGUAGGUCGAAGUGUACAGGAUCUCGCGUUGUCAUAUCUCCUGCUCCGGGAUCCAUCACUCCAGAACGUGAUCCCAAUGAGCGAUUCCACCAGGAACACGGCUCGCCACCACGACUUGUACCUCAGGACGUUCUGAUUGAGUGUGGCCGUAGAAGGAUGCGUGAAGUGAAUGCAGACGGAGUGAGGGAAGCGCUUCGGCUGCUAGACUCCAAAUUCGCACAUGCACGAUCAUAG